GGCGAGCUGAAUCAUUCAAAGCUACGACUUUGCGGCGUAUGCAACACGAAGGCAGCGCAGAGCAAACUCAAAGAGAGAGAAAGAAUCAAGACCAACUGUGGAUUACGCGUGAUAUCGUUGAGUUAACCUUAGUAGACAACAUGGUGCUAGAAAUGGAAAUGUCCAAGACAUAUCAAUACCGUAAGGUGAUGAAACCCAUGCUGGAGCGCAAGCGUCGUGCGCGCAUCAACAAGUGCCUGGACGAGCUGAAAGACAUAAUGGUGGAGUGCCUGACGCAGGAGGGCGAGCACAUUACGCGCCUGGAGAAGGCCGACAUCCUGGAGCUGACCGUGGAGCACAUGAAGAAGCUGCGGGCCCAAAAGCAACUGCGCCUGGGCAGCAGCGGCUCGAGCGCCAGCGUCGCCGGCGACUCCAAGCUGAGCAUCGCGGAGAGUUUUCGUGCCGGCUACGUGCAUGCAGCCAAUGAGGUGUCCAAGACCCUGGCUGCAGUGCCCGGCGUCAGCGUGGAUCUGGGCACGCAGCUCAUGAGUCAUCUGGGCCAUCGACUCAACUACUUGCAAGUGGUGGUGCCCACGCUGCCCAUUGGAGUGGCGGUGCCACUGCAGACAGCCGACGAGCUAAGCAGCCCCAGCAGCAGCAGCAGCCCAUCUCCAGCUCUGGUGACGCCCCCGCCCUCGGAAUGCGGCAGCGCCAGCGGCAGUUGCAGCCCAGCGCCCAGCGAGGCCAGCACCAGCUCCAACAGCACUGGACCCAUGUGGCGUCCAUGGUGAAGGCAUUGCAGGCGGCAGCCUUGAUGCCCAAGGCGUUGACAACUCACUCACCCACCCACUCACCCGGGGCAGCUGUUCGCUCAGGCGCGCUGGACUGGAAACCGUGCGCCGACAGCUCCACUCCGAUGGGAAAAAAUGCAUCUACGAGCCACUCAGCUGGAGCCGACAACAUGGCUAACGAGUGUUGCUACAUUUUUUAUUGUGUACCCGGAGCAAAUCAAAA